AUGCUGUCUGCCGAGGAGAUCUUAAACAGCACAAAGCAGGUGAUUGCAGGACUGGAGGCUCUGCGUGGAGAGAAUCGCACUCUGCUGGACAACCUGCAGGGGACACUACUGAGUCAGACAUCUAGUGACAACAGUGACAGCAACAGCCUAGAGGAGGAAAAGAGUGGCAUCAUUUUACAGUCCCUGGACAAAAUAGAUCUGGGAUUAGGGGAGGCACAGAUGAUGAUGGCUCUGUCAGCACACCUGGGUUCUCUAGAGGCAGAGAAGCAGAAACUGCGUGCUCAGGUGAGGCGGUUAUGCCAGGAAAACCAGUGGCUGCGAGACGAGCUGGCUGGAGCUCAGCUGAAGCUGCAACAGUGCGAACAGGAAGUGGUGACACUCGAGGAGCAAAACAAACACCUGCAGUUCAUGAGCAGUAUCCGCAAGUACGACCAGGAUGAACUAUUACUGGAAGAUAAAGACAGUUCCUCAGUUAAGGAGUCCCUUGACGAUCUCUUUCCCACUGAUGAAGAAGAGCAAACACACAUAUCUCAGCCGCACCGCAGUGGCAUAACUGCAGCCAACCAGGCAGGCUACGAUCCUGCUAGACUUAGAACCCUACACAACCUGGUGAUUCAGUACGCCUCUCAGGGCCGCUACGAGGUAGCCGUGCCUCUUUGCAAACAGGCUUUGGAGGACCUUGAAAAAACCUCUGGACACAGUCAUCCAGAUGUGGCCACUAUGCUAAACAUCUUAGCUCUCGUGUACAGGGACCAGAACAAAUAUAAAGAAGCUGCUACUCUGCUGAAUGAUGCAUUGACAAUACGUGAAGAGACACUUGGCAUGGACCACCCAGCAGUUGCAGCUACUCUGAAUAAUCUGGCUGUACUCUAUGGUAAAAGAGGGAAGUAUAAAGAAGCAGAGCCUCUGUGCAAGAGAGCACUGGAGAUAAGGGAAAAGGUCCUCGGGAAAGACCACCCUGAUGUAGCAAAGCAGCUCAAUAAUCUGGCUCUGCUGUGCCAGAACCAGGGAAAGUACCAGGAGGUGGAGGAUUACUAUAAAAGGGCCUUGCAAAUUUACCAGAACCGGUUGGGCCCAGAUGAUGCUAAUGUGGCCAAAACCAAAAAUAACCUGGCCUCAUGCUACCUCAAGCAAGGAAAGUACAGACAAGCUGAAGCUCUGUAUAAAGAGAUCCUGACACGUGCUCAUGAGAAGGAGUUCGGAUCAGUGGAGGGAGAUGGAAGACCAGCUUGGGGACACACCCCAGAGGGAAGCCCUAGACAGGAAGGUUUGAGGCGCAGUGGUUCUUUCACAAAGCUUCGGGAAUCUUUGAGGAGGAGCAGUGAAAAGCUGGUUCAGAAGUUGAAAGGGGCUGGAACACAAGAAACGGUGCCUCGCAAUCCUGGAAUGAAAAGAGCAAAUUCCCUCAAUUUCCUGAAUGUAGGAGUAAGGGAGAGUCAGGACACCAUAAGGAAUCUCAACAGGCUGACAGACAGUCGUGCUCUCAGCUCCAGCACUCAGAGUUUAGCUCGCCGGAGCUCUUUAAGUGGAGAAGGUUAAUCCAUUCUAGCCAAGGUCCUAACUCCUGUGUCCAUAAUACAACACUAAGUACGUUUAUAACCAACAUAGUAUUUAUUUCUGAUGAAGUUGACUAUACUAGUCUUAUCUUUCUGAGCCUGGGAAUCUAUUGCACUGUAACAUUUUAACUUAUUACAUACUGCUGUACCUAAAAUGUUCAUUUCACUGAAUUAUUACAGGUAAGCAUUAGUUUUUUCUAUUUAUAUAGAAUUUUGUUAUGGUUUGCAUUCCAAAGUAAUAAUAAAUGGUAUUGUUAAAUCUAAUAUAUAACAUUGCGAUACAAAAAACUUCAGAUUUAAAUAGGGUUUGAUUAAUUUACGGGAGAUUGUGCUAGAUUUUGCAAGUGUGUUUGAAAACCAGAAUACAAUGUAGGUUACUCAAAGUUAGUUGCAAUUUUGUAAAUGGUAUUAAAACAUUUUUUUAAUGGUACAAGCAUCCGAGCUACAAAUUGGUUUUACAUUUUAUCAUCGUCUAAUCUAAUACAUUAAUUUACUUGGAACAGUUCAUGUACAAACUCCAUAUGCUGAAGAACAAAAUAAACUUUUAUUUAUCAUUCACAA